GUCUCAGUUGUGUAACGUGAACUUAUAAAGACAACCUACAGGGCUGUGUGUAGAGUGGGUUGUGUAACUGUGUUUUUGUGGUCUUGUGGGCAAAUUAGGAGUUUUUCUUUUUAUAAUUUAGGUGGAAAAUAUGCUUUAUUAGCUAGUUUAGCUCUAUGUCAGGUGCUUAAAUAGCGGUUAGUCUAUAUAGUCUAGUCUAUAGACUAGCUAACAGUGAACUAAGCUAGUUAGCUAAUAUAUGCUUAGCCUAUAGGAUAUAGUUAGCCAUCUAACUAAACACUAGCUAUCUAACCUAACUAACUAGCUUAUUUAAGGUGGUAUUAAUUGAUUAACUAGAUAACUAUAUUAACCACCUUUAUUUUAAAAGCUUAUUGACUCAUAUUGAGUCUAUUAUUUAUCAUUUACGACCUAUAUCUAGCUUUUUGGACAAGUGUAACUUACCUUUAGCCUAUAGCUUAACGUUAUAGUUUUACAUUUCUGGCAAGCUAGCUUAGGUUAUCUAUAUUCUGAAUUAAGGCUGGAUAAUAAACCCUAGAUUAUAAACAUGGGGAUGGGAAGGCACACCAAGCCGCCGGGCAGCUCCAGCAGGUUGGACGCAGACAGUGAGGAGGACGCUGGAGGUGUGGAGAGCCUGAAGCUGGAGGAUGUGGAGCCUGUGGAGGUGGUGGAGGGAGCGGUGCAGCUGCAUCAGCAGCAGCGGGAGACCUGGACCCGCCGCCUGGAGUUCGUCCUCGCCUCGGUGGGGUACGCGGUGGGUCUCGGUAACGUGUGGAGGUUUCCGUACCUGUGCUACAGGAGCGGGGGAGGUGCUUUUCUCAUCCCGUAUAUAAUCAUGCUGUUUGUGUGUGGGAUCCCGCUGCUCUUUAUGGAGUAUGCUAUUGGACAGUACACACGCUUGGGGCCGGUUCACGGAUUGGCCAAAAUCUGCCCCCUUUUUAAAGGCGUGGGACUAGCCACAGUGGUUAUUUCAUUCGUUCUGGCCACCUACUACAACGUCCUCAUGACCUGGGCCCUGUACUACCUCUUCAACUCGUUUGGCUCCAACCUGCCCUGGCAGUCCUGCAAUAACACCUGGAACGCGGUGAGCAACUGCUCCACCGGCUUCCCCGGCAACGCCACCCACCUGCAGUCGGCCAGUCAGCAGUUCUUCGACCGUAAGCUACUGGAGAUGACCAGAGGCAUCGAGGACGCUGGUGGGGUUCGCUGGGAACUGCUUGGCCUCCUCGCCUUGGCCUGGCUCAUCAUCUACUUCUGCAUAUUCAAAGGAGUCAAGUCCACAGGAAAGGUUGUUUAUUUCACUGCUACGUUUCCAUACUUCAUGCUGUUUGCGUUAUUGAUCAACAACGUUCAGCUGCCUGGAGCUAAAACUGGCAUCCUCUACUUUCUAAUGCCCAACUGGAGCAAGCUCGGGGAAGUGCAGGUGUGGGUGAAUGCGGCUGCACAGAUAUUCAACUCCAUUGGAAUUGCGUUUGGCUCCAUGAUAUCUAUGGCCAGCUACAACAAGUACAACAACAACAUCCUGAGGGACACGUUUGUUGUCUCUCUAGCGAACUCAGCCACCAGUAUCCUGGCUGGAUUUGUGAUCUUCUCUGCCAUUGGAUACAUGGCACAUAUUCAUAACCUGCCUGUGGAAGACAUAGCUACUGAUGGUCCUGGUUUGGUGUUUGUUGUGUAUCCAGAGGCGUUCUCCACCAUGCCUGUAUCACAGCUGUGGGCUCCUCUUUUCUUCUUUAUGCUGCUGUGUCUCGGGCUGGACAGUGAGUUUGCGAUGGUGGAGGUAGCAGUGACCUGCAUUAUGGACGGUUUUGGGGUGAAGGUGCUGCGAGUGUUUAAGAGGAAGGAGCUGCUGGUGCUGGUCGUGUGCUUAGUGGGCUUUCUGCUGGGGAUUCCACACAUCACCAGGGGUGGUAUAUAUGUGUUUCAGCUGAUGGAUCACUACACGGCCGUCGUGUCCCUAAUGUUUCUGGCCUUCUUCGAGGUGUUCGCAGUCACAGUGAUCUUUGGGGUGCCGAGGAUCUGUGUGAUGGUGGAGAACAUGCUGGGGAAGAGGCCAAACUUGUACUUUCGUGUCUGCUGGAAGUUCCUCUCGCCGAUGUUGGUGCUGGGCAUUCUUAUCUCCAGUAUAAUUCAGUACAGUCCUGCACGCUACGGCAAGUCCUACACAUACCCGCUGUGGGCUGAAGUGCUGGGCUGGUUCAUUUCUCUCAUCUCCAUCAUCUGGAUCCCUCUGGGGGCUGCACACGAACUUUUCAGAAAUAAAGGAUCUUUAUUACAGAGGCUGAAGGUGGCGCUGACCCCCACAGUGGACCUGGAGCCUAUUCAUGCUUUACCAGAGAAGCAGGGGGUUAACUCAGAGUCUGUUACAUUCUUCAGCUCCUCCCAGUGAUGUGCUUAAACACACUGCUCUAUAUUCUCACUACACACAUCUGAUCAGUGUCCCACACAGAGGUUAAAGUAGAACUCUGGUGUAAAAUGGAUUUUUGUUAUAGUAAAACAUGAUAAAAGUUCUUACCUUUGAUGAAUAGCACACCUCCGUUCUCCCACAGCGUUCCCAGAUCCAGAAAUGUUAACAGUUUGUCCAAACACCCUUCAGACUGGGUGACACGGGGCAUAAUUUGCUCUCAUAAAUCGUUUUCCACCGUUAUCCAGCUCAAAGUAGCUCCACACCUCCUGGCUAGAAUCCGGAGAGCCCUGACAUUUAAAACGAGGCAUUAAUAACUUAUAAAGUGCACAAGAAGCUUAUUAAAAACUACUAUUUACAUCCUAUAACGCUAGCUCCAGCUCCGAGCGCCGCCAUCACUGUACUGAUAAUGACAGACAUAUAUAAUCAAGCCAGCCAAAACGGGCACAUGUCACCCCGCUGCUCAUUGAGCUCCAUUGGCUACCAGUUGAUGCUCGCAUCAAAUUCAAAGCUCUUACUAUCGCCUACAAGGUGAUGACAGAACAGGCUCCUUCCUACCUGCACUCGCUCCUGAAGGCUUACGCUACCUCCCGCCCGCUACGCUCCUCCAAUGAACGUCGCCUCGCUUUGCCAAACACUCACACAAAGCAAUCCAGACUGUUCUCAUACAGAGUUCCCCAAUGGUGGAACAAACUACCUUCCACUACCAGAUCAGGAGAAUCUCUCGCUAUCUUUAAGAAACUCCUGAAGACAGAGCUCUUCAAAGAGCACUUACUCUCACAACACCUCUACCACACUAACUACUUCUAACCUCAUUUCCUUCUUCCCCUCCUUCACUCCUCUAUCCUAUUAUUCCCCAUUUGACCUCCUUUUAUCCCUAUCCAAAGAUGUUUUACCUUUAAACUCAUUUUACAUUGUACUUGACUAUUGUAAGUCGCUUUGGACAAAAGCGUCUGCCAAAUGUAAUGUAAUGUAAUGUAAUAAUCAAUCAAUCAAUCAACUUUUAUUUUCACUCGGUAAAUACAUUAAGGGUAACCCUCAUUUUCAAUGUAGCCGAGCUUACAUAAAGUUAGAGGGAUUGAAGAUUAAGUUUAAAAUUAUAAAAACAAGCAAACAAUGUAAGAUUUAAUUAAGAAAAAAGAAAAUAAUUCAAAAUAGAAGAAUAUGCAAACAGGCUAAAAUGUAGAGCAGUAAAACAAAGAGAUAAAUACGUAGAAUAACAAAAUUUAAGCACAGUUAAAAAAAAUUAUUAAAUAAUAAAAGGACUAAAAUAACCACAAUUAUAAAAAUGUAAAUGAUGUAACUAAAAUAAAUAAUAAUAAUAAGUAAAAAAUAUAUAUAUAUAUAUAUAUAAAUAAAAGGAAGAAAAUAAAGGAAAUAAAAAUGUGAAGGUCAAAAGUAAUAGCAGUAAAAAAACAAAUAAAACGAUGAAAUGAAUUAAAUAAAGAUCCAGAGAUACAUAGACUCUGGCACCGGCUGCUACGCUAUGUGGAGUCUAUGUAUAUAUAUAUGUCUGUUAUUUUCAGUUCAGUAAUGGUGGCGCUCGAAGCUGAAAUUUGCAUUAUAGCAUGAAAAUACUGGUUUGCCUUGUUUUAAAUGUCAGGGCUUUCCGGAUUUAUCUGAGCAAAUUAUGCCUCGUAUCACCCAGUCUGAGGGGUGUUUGGGCAAACUGUUAAAAUUUCUGGAUCUCAGAACGCUGUGGGAGAACGGAGGUGUGCUAUUCAUCAAAGGUAAGUACUUUUUAUCAUGUUUUACACCAGAGUUCUCCUUCAAGACUAGGCUUAAUCCCUGUCUGAGAAACUGCCACAUCAUGUUCUAUGUACUGUAUCAUUAGGAGCUGCUGCUGCAUAUGCUAAUCUAUUUUAUGUUCAUGGAUAUUUUAUUGCCUCAACACCAGCUUUACAACCACACAACCAUAUAUAGCAUAUCUAUUUAGAGAGCUUUGGGUAAUACAUGUUUUAUUAUUGAGGUUUGAAGGCCUUAUUUGAAAGGUUUGAUAACCAUCCCUCCUUUAACCCAAAUAUAAUAUAAUACACAGUACCUAAUUCCAUUAGUCGUAGAAGAUUAUGUCAGGUUAUGUCACCAAAUACCAGGUUCACACUACAUGAUUUUAGCGCAGGUUUUUUGUUGAUUGCAGUCAAAAUUGUGAAUCUCUCAGCACUUGCUCAGUCGUGUGAUCUGAACUACUGAAAGUCGCCCACCGAGUUGUUGCUGAGUAACUGCCGAAAAGUCGCAGACACCCGCCAAAUACUUAGCAUGCUAAAUAUCUGAUCCAGUCGACAACUGGGAGUCAGGAGCAGCAGCUACCUACAGCCAGUGAUAUUACAUAGAAAGAGAGAACUGCGGGUCCAAAACACAUCUCCUGCUUUUCCUGCUUUACCAGAGCUGUUUAUAGUAGGUCUAACUACUUUCUGUCCCCCUUUUAUAUCAUCACUGUUUCUAAACUGAAAGCAGAAGCAUUUCUGAGUGGAGAAGGGAUAAAAUAUUGUGUUUAAUGGAACCAGUGUGCUGAAACCACCAUCCCUGCUAAGCCUAAUAUAUUCAUUCUAAAAACAGUUCUUCUGGCCAUGUCACGCCUCUUUACGUACUUACGUCACAUGUACAGCCUCUAAAAGAGGAUCCGGCUCAGUUUUACUGAACGCGAGCGGCUGGUGGAGCAAUGGAGACAUCAGAAGGGGAAACUCAGCCCUCAGUAGCUCAUUCACUCAUAGUAAAACCAAAAAAACGAAGGAGUGUUUCUGACUGAGCGCUCUCUCUCUCUCUUUGUCUGAACAUAACCUGGAAUCGGAUUCACUCGCUCUGAAAAAAGACCACAUCACACCCACCCAGUUUAAAAUGAUUCUUCGGCAUGCUCUGUGCAAUUACCCAUUCUCACCAGAGAGGGCCCUAAAUCCCCCAAAUACCAAAACUUACAGGCAUCAGCUUUAAUGUGAGCUGUUUGUUUGGUGAGCUUAUGCUGGAGUUACAGGUAGAGCAAGUUUAUAAAAUGUUUAUAACUAGAGUUUAAAACCUUAAAACAUUUUGUCUCUAGUUUUGUUUUGAGGACAUAAGUACUAAUUUCAGUAUAAAAUUAUUAGAUAUUUAUAAACAAAACUGAUUUUGCUCAGUUGCUUCAUAUUAACCCAUUCAUUUUGCACUCACUUUAAGUGCGUAUUCUCCUCUAUAGAGAUUCUCUGGCAUGGCAUUGCUAGUUCUCGAUUGUGUUUAGUUCUGGCAUGUUCUCAUGAUAAACGUGUUUCUGGAGAGCUGUGAGGUUAGUCUGCGAUUUCCCACCGUGUAAAAUUGUGUCAUUUUCUCAAAAAAUCGUGUAGUGUGAAUCUAGCAUAUAAAAUAUUCAUAGACAUUAAUUACAAAAAUUUCUAGUGUAAUUAGGACAUAGACCUAUAUAACUAAUAGAAGUAAAACUUAGACAUCAGAUGAGUAUAUUAAUAUUAUUAUUUGGAUUGGAUUUUUAUUAUCAAUUUACAAUACUACAAUUAUACUGUUUGUACUGCUAAAUUCCAUCAUUAAGAGAAUAGAAAUCAUGAAAAUUAGUCCAUAAUAUAAUAGCAAACAGAUUGAUUGGUAUUUCAGUGCAAAAGUAAAGAAGUAAACAUUUGUAAAUUCGAUUUUUAAGCCAAAUCUUGCCUUUAAAAUUUGGUUACGCUUGACAUUCGAGCUUGUCUGCACAAGUUGGUAGAACUUGAACAGAAUAGAAAGGACAUUUUUAUAUCCAUAUUAUUUUAAAUUUUAGCAUUGUAGUUUUUGACCUCAAGCAGAUUAAUGAUUACCAUUUUUUCUACUGAUUUUGUGUUUUGAAUUUUAAUAUUUAGUAACGUGUAUUGUUCCUCUUUUGGAUGUCUUGAUGUCAGUGAGUUUGGGAUGAUGUUUACAGUCUGGUUAAAUCUGGACAGAGAGAUGAAGAAGCACUUACUGUAGGCUCUUACACAAAAACGCUUCAUUGCUUCAACAUAUAUUUUGCACAACAGGAAAUGAGUAAUAGAGUGAAAUUCAUUGUUCAUUUUUCUUUAGUGCUUUUCAUCUUCUGACUUUUUGUCCUUUUCUCCUUUUAUGCAGGUUUAUAUUUUAAAUCAGACACUAUUGUGAAUUAUUUGGUAACCUUUUGCUUUAUCAUAUGUUAAGGAGACCCACAGGGCUCUAUCUUAGGGUCCAUCAAAACCUGAUUAUUAUAUGUUUUAGUUGUGUUUUGGGUGUGUUUGGGUGUGUUUUGGGAUUUUAUAUGGUUUGAUUUUAUCCAGAUAUAAUCCUGAUACUAAAGUCUAAUUGAACAUGGUAUUAGUGUGUUGAUAAGUAAUUAAACAUGUGAUUGAAGAAUUACAUUUGUUUCAUCUGAGCUAAAGUAACUGAUUAGCGUUAGCUAGCCGGUAAUCUAGCUCGUUAACAUUAGCCUGUCUGUUAGCGUUAGCUAGCCUGUUAGCGUUAGCUUGCCUGUUAGCGUUAGUUUGCUUGUUAGCGUUAGCUUGUCUAUGUUUCCUUGCCUGUUAGCGUUAGCUAGUCGGUUAGCGCUAGGUAGCCAGUUAGAGUUAGCUAGUCGGUUAGCGUUAGCUUGCCUGUUAGCAUUAGCUAGCACAGAGGCUACUAGACAGUAAAACUCCGUCACUCACAGAAGCUCCACUGCUCAUUACUAAAGUCUUUGUGUGUUGAUAAGUAAUUAACCAUGUAACUGCGGAAUUAAAUUGUUUAAUUGCAUAUUAGGGCUAAAAUAGUACAACUCUUGACUUCUAAGGGUUAAAUAAACCUGUACAAAGAGAUUAAAAAGCACUUAUACAGUAGGCCCUUACACACAGUGCUUCACAGAUUUGACAUAUAUUUGACACAACUGGAAAAUAAUAAUAGAGUGAGAUUUAGUGUUUCUUAACUCAUUAAACUCUACAUAAAUUGAGCAGGUUUUAAUCCAGAUGCAUUAAAUACUGUUUGCUUUAGUGUAAUGUAUAUUGUGGAGUCCCACAGGGUUCUAUUUUAGGACCUAUUAAAGAAUAUAGAUAACUAUGAAUAAAAUUAAGUUAUUGUGUAUUGGCUGAAAAUUA